AUGCAAAAGGUCGAGGAGGUGGAUGCGCCUGCCCCGGGUAAUGUCAAGUGGUUGCGCUUGCAGCCGCAGAGUGCGGGCACGACGAGUGGUGUCAAGAUGGUGUAUCGGCUGAGUACGGUGGGUGGGUUGGCGCCGGCGUCGUGUGAGGGGAGGGCGGCGGGCGAGGUGGUUACUGUCGGGUAUGAGGCGCAGUAUUGGAUUUAUGCUUAG